AUGCGAUUGGCGGCCGCAGCUGGCCCGCCUCGAGAGCGCACCACCUCGGGACGAUCAGUGCCCGGCGACGACCUGGCCGUCAGAGGAGGCGGAGGCGGUGAAGGUGAUCACCAGCAGCAGCAGCAGCAGCCGCCUCGCCGGACCCGCCCACCGGAGCUGAGGCCCGAGCGGCUGGCCAGCCUGCUGGGCGGCGGCGAGGACGAGGCGGAGAAGCCCGCCUCCUACAGCAGCAUCUUUGGCGGGGCGAAGCCGGUGGACACGCUGAAGCGCGAACAGGAGAUUGAGGAGCGCCUGGCGAAGGAGCGCGCGGCCGCUGCGGAGAAGGAGGCCGCCGCGAGGGAGGCGGCGGCGGCGGCUGCGGCCGCUGCUGCUGGAGGAGGCGGAGCCCCCGGCUCGAACGCCUCUGGCGGCACCUCCCCGGCGGGCAGUCAGGCGGGCGAGUCGACACGCCCACAUCGUGGUGGUCCGCCCCGAGGUGACGGUGGUGCGCCCCCGCCCCCUCGAAUGCGCAAGGAGAACGGCGAAGGUGGCGGCGGCGGCCCCAGAGAUGGCGAUCGCCGUGGCCCCGGCGGAGGAGGACGUCGAUUUGAUGACCGAAAUGGCGAUCGAUAUGCCGGCGGCGGCGACCGUCGUCGAGGACCUCGUGUCGAUGGUGGAGGCGGAGUCGGUGGCGGGGGCCUCCGCGGAAGACGUGACGGCCCCGGCGGUNGCGAUCGAUAUGCCGGCGGCGGCGACCGUCGUCGACCUCGUGUCGAUGGAGGAGGCGGAGUCGGCGGUGGGGGCCUCCGCGGAAGACGUGACGUCCCCGGCGGCGGUGACCGUCCUCGAGGCGAUGUCACCUACUAUGGAGGAGGCGGCGGCGGUGGUGAGCGUGCCCCUCGCUACGACCGACGUGAAGGAGGUGGAGGAGGUGGCAAUCGCUACGGAGGCGGUGGCCCUCGAGACGACGGCCCCUCUGAUCGGUUCUACCGAGCUGGAGGUGGUGGCGGUGGUGGUAGUGGUCGUGACUAUGAUCAGCACUACCGCGAGCGAUACAUUUCGGAUGGCGAUGACAAGGACAUUACCUCGAAGAGCUACGUCACCUCGAACAAAUAUGACUUUCUGAACACUGAUGGCGACGAGUAG